CCUCUCUCUCUCUCUCUCUCUCUCUCUCUCUCUCUCUUUGAGCUUGUCUGACUCUGUAAUGGCUACUUGGACUGGUUUCAAUGUCUCUUCUUCUCCGUCGCUUGGGCUUCGCUCUCACUCCGUCUCAAACGCCACCCAGCUUCCGUUUCUCUCCCCUCUUUUCCGGCGUCGGUUACUGGCAGAACGCUUCGGUCUCGCAACCAUCGCUGUUUCGCGCCAAGACCUCUCAGUUUCUCCGCCGCGUGCGGCGGCGAUGGAAGCUCGCUUCUCAGGGAAAAGAGAACCCAUGGUGCCUCCAUAUAACGUAUUGAUCACUGGCUCAACGAAAGGUAUAGGAUAUGCAUUAGCUAGAGAGUUUUUGAAAGCAGGCGACAAUGUUGUGAUUUGCUCUAGAUCAGCUGAACGAGUUGAGUCUGCUCUUCAGAGUCUUAAGGACGAAUUUGGGGAGCAUGUGUGGGGAACUAAGUGUGAUGUUAGGGAAGGCAAGGACGUGAGGGAACUAGUAGCUUAUUGUCAACAGAAUCUGAAAUACAUUGACAUCUGGAUAAAUAAUGCGGGAUCUAAUGCAUACAGCUUUAAACCUUUGGCAGAGGCCUCAGAUGAGGAUCUUAUCGAAGUUGUGAAAACCAACACCCUUGGUCUGAUGUUAUGUUGCCGAGAGGGAAUGAAUAUGAUGUUGACUCAAUCUCGAGGUGGUCAUAUCUUCAAUAUUGAUGGAGCUGGUUCAGAUGGGAAACCAACACCCAGGUUUGCUGCAUAUGGCGCAACUAAACGAAGUGUUGUUCACUUGACAAAGUCAUUACAGGCAGAGUUGCAGAUGCAAGAUGUUAAAAAUGUGGUGGUGCACAAUCUGUCGCCUGGAAUGGUCACAACUGAUCUACUCAUGUCAGGAGCAACAACAAAACAAGCCAAGUUCUUCAUUAAUGUGUUGGCAGAGCCAGCCGAAGUGGUGGCUGAGUACCUUGUCCCGAACAUAAGGGCAAUACCGGCUAGCGGAUCGAUGAAGCCGACUUACAUUCGUUUCCUAACCGGAAUCAAAGCCUACACCAAAAUAUUCUCAAGAGUUGCAUUGGGAGCAAGGAAGAACAGGUAUGUGACUGAAGACUAGGUAUCAAACUAAGAAUAAGAGAUGUAUUGUGGUUUCCCUGUUUCUUGAAUCAUGGUUAACUGUUGAAACCCGGAUACUCACUGACCUCUACACUUUGUUAAUUACACUUCAAAAAAUGCAUACUGUUGUGUACAUUUGUUUUUAA